UCCUGGCCAAUCACAGAGAUUCUGUGAAAUCUCGUCCUGCACGCACUGUUGUAUCGCGUGAUUUCAGCCUAAGGCCCAGCGCCAUCGCCAAUAUUUAUUUAGAGAACUACUUUAGUGACAGAUCCAUGAUGAGUUAUGCGGAAAAGCCUGAAGAUAUCACGAAGGAGGAAUGGAUGGAGAAAAUGAAUAACGUGCACAUUCAAAGAGCAGAUAUGAACCGUCUCAUCAUGAACUAUUUAGUAACCGAGGGUUUUAAAGAGGCUGCAGAGAAGUUCCGGAUAGAGUCAGGCAUUGAGCCCAGUGUGGAUCUGGACUCGCUGGAUGAGAGGAUAAAGAUCAGGGAGAUGAUUUUGAAAGGGCAGAUUCAGGAAGCCAUCUCUCUCAUUAAUAGCCUUCAUCCAGAACUCUUGGACGCCAACCGAUAUCUGUACUUCCAUCUUCAGCAGCAGCAUCUGAUUGAACUGAUCCGUUUGCGGGAAACUGAGGCUGCACUGGAGUUUGCGCAGUCACAGCUGGCUGAACAAGGUGAGGAGAGCAGGGAAUGUCUAACCGAGAUGGAGCGAACUCUGGCCCUGCUUGCAUUUGACAACCCUGAAGACUCACCUUUUGGAGAUCUUCUAAACAUGAUGCAGCGACAGAAGGUUUGGAGUGAGGUGAACCAGGCAGUACUCGACUAUGAAAACAGAGAGUCGACACCAAAACUGGCCAAGCUGCUAAAGCUCUUGUUAUGGGCUCAGAAUGAACUUGACCAGAAAAAAGUCAAAUACCCCAAAAUGACAGACAUUAGUAAGGGCACAAUUGAGGAGCCCAAGUAAGAACUGGCAACAACAUGGACAUCUGUGCUAUACUGUAACAUCUCCCCCCCCAUUUAUAAAGUCAGUGAAUGGACCAUCUAUAUGAACGAAUAUGAACUAGCAAUUUGUUUGCAUCUCGUACAAGAGGAAUAACUUAACUGUAUAUUGUAUUAUAUUUUCAAAGCAGAUAUGCUAAUCAAAGUAAAUAUAUCAAAUUAAUUUAGCUUUCAGAAUGAAAAUAAUUAUAUACUAUUGACCUUUUAUUUGCAAAUGUUAUUCAUCUUGUUUUUUUUAAAGUACUGGCUUUUUAUUUUCUGUUUGGUCUACCUUUUUUUUCCCCCAUAUACAUUUAAUGCUAUUUUUCCAUCUAAAUUAAAAGUGUAAAAAACAGCAAAGAAUUUAGGGGUGUAGCAUUCAGAAAGUUUGAAUUAAGGCAAUGAAUAAUCUGAAUAAAAGCAAAAAUUAAUAGUUAGAUUGAUUAGAUAUCGAUACUUAAAAGAACAAACAAUUGGUUCUUUAAAAAAAAGUAUCCAGCUCAUGUAAAUAAGCUAGCAAGGUGAUUUGCUAAUAACACUGAUACUAAAAGCAGUACCUCAUUAUUUGCAAGUCAAAGGUAGGCUUACUACCCGCUCCCUGCUAAAUAGAAUUUUAAUUGUAGCGGAUUCAUCUGUAUCAUCAAAUAUUGCUUGUAAUCUGUGGAAUUAAAAUUAUACUGUAUUGUGCCGAUACCUGAUAUUUACACCCCUAAUCGUUAGGUAAGUGUUAAGCUUAAAUUUCAUUUUCUGUAUGGAAAUGUUUCAGGAUUGUUUCCCAGUGGAAAUCAAUACAUAAUUUUUCUGAAUUUUUUUUUAACAGUUGGUGUGUUUUUGAUGGGUAGGGACACAGUCUUCUGGUCUGUCCUUUUGCUGUGCCUUGUAUUGGUUGACUAUGUUGAGGUGUGUGUGCAUGAGACUGUGUGUAUGUUUUUAUUGUUUGAGAGAGAAGGUUGGAAGCCUUGCAUUUUCACUUAAUUAGCUUGCUUAAAUGGUGAGCACAGGUGAAUGAACAUGUCAAGCAGGUGAAUGUGGGUGAAAUUUUUUUUUUUUUUUUCAGAAUAAGUAAUUUUUUCAUUUUAAACUCAUUUUUUAAAUGGCUUGAUAAUUUCUACAUCACUCUUUUUAUUUUAGAUUUGUACAUGCUACUGAAGUUUAUUUAUAGUUGUCAUUUUUAUGUUAUUUAUUCAACAACACAUUCUUCAGCCUCUGCUGCUUUUAAAUUCAAAUUUCAGGUACAAUAAAGUAUUUCUUUGAAACAAAA